AUGCAUGCAUCACCAAAUGGUCUGGUUUUUGCCAUUUAUUAUCCCAUCCUUGGAGCUAUGGGUGUUCCAGCUAACUUAGUGGUCAUCGUGAUUCUGGCCCGAAGACGUUGCGGCCUCUCUGAAUGUAUUAUUUACUAUGUGAUAUCCAUGGCAGUGACAGAUCUCCUGGUCAUUAUCACUGCAGUGAUUUUACACCGGACUUUUGGUAUUUAUUUCCCAUUUAGUUUCUUAUCCAUAACACCUGUGUGCAGUCUACUUGUUGCCACAAUUUAUGUGGCACUAGACAGUUCUGUUUGGUUAACAGUUGCUUUCACCUUUGAUCGAUUUAUUGCCAUUUGUUGCCAGAAGCUAAAAAUAAAAUAUUGUACCAAGAAGACCACAGUGCAAAUUAUAGGAAUAGUGCCUCCACUGGCCUGUGUGAAAAAUAUCUUCAUGUAUUUCAUAUGUGAACCUGUGUACACAGUUGAAAAUGUACCCUGGUUCUGCAGAACUAAACCAAUUUUCUAUACAUCACCUGCAUGGACUGCAUAUGAUUGGAUUCGUUCCAUACUAACCCCUUGUUUGCCUUUCAUUCUUAUUUCACUGUUCAAUGCUCUUACUGUAAGACAUAUUCUAGCAUCGAAUACAACUCGCAGGAAACUCCGCACCCAGAGCAUCGUAGAAAAUCAAAGUGACCCAGAGGUGGAGAAGCGUCAAAAGUCCAUUGUUUUACUAUUUGCCAUCUCAGGAAGUUUCAUUGUGCUAAAUAUGUUAUAUUUUGUAACGAUCCUUUAUGUCCGUAUUGCUGAUGUCCGAUAUUUCUCAGAUUCUGUUUUCAGUCAAACAGCAUUUAACAUUGAGGAAAUCGGGUAUAUGCUUCAGUUUUUCAGUUCCUGCACCAAUCCAUUUAUUUAUGCAGGAACCCAGAGUAAAUUCAGAUUCGAGUUAAAAAGGGAGGCAAGUUAUCAACUGAGUCGAUUUGUUAAAUUAUUUAAAUUUUGA